UGGACGGAGAUCUAUUCUUAGUUUUGAACAUAUCUUUAGUCAGAGUUGAUCGUUCGUAUCCAGCACGAAAAUCUGUGAAAGUGCAAUGAUUUUAAGGAUAAUUUUUUAAGUUUUCUCUCUUAAAUCAAUCUGAAUAGGGGUGGUUACCGUGAAUUAAGUGGUCAGUGCGCCGGUGCGCGGGGUACCAUCAGUGAUCGAGCAAGAUGAACUCCUAUCCCCCCCAAAGCGGAGACACCGGUUUGAGACCGGUUGACUCCGCUCCGGCAUGCAUUCUACAGCGCGAUGCCGAUGACGACUUAGACGACGAGAUGGUAACAACAGAACGGGAAUUGGCCGAAGAUGCCCAAUGGAAGAAGAUCCAGCAAAACACUUUCACCAGAUGGGCCAACGAGCACCUCAAAACCGUCUCCAAGCACAUCGGCAACCUGGAGACGGACCUCAGCGACGGUCUGAGGCUCAUCACCCUCAUCGAGGUGCUCUCCCAGAAGAGGCUGCCUAAACACAACAAGAAACCGUCUUUCAGGUCGCAGAAACUGGAGAACGUUUCCGUAGCUCUUAAGUUUUUAGAAGAGGAAGGCAUUCGGAUUGUUAAUAUUGAUUCCAGCCAUAUUGUAGACUGCAAAUUGAAACUAAUUCUAGGACUGAUAUGGACGCUUAUUUUACAUUAUUCCAUUUCAUUGCCCAUGUGGGAAGGGGAGGACGAUAUGGGCAAUGGAGGAACAGAACCCACACCAAAGCAGCGCUUAAUGAACUGGAUCCAAAGCAAAGUGCCGGAUUUGCCGAUAAAAAAUUUCACUACAGACUGGAACGAUGGCAAGGCUGUGGGGGCUUUGGUGGACUCAGUAGCUCCUGGUUUAUGCCCUGAUUGGCCGGACUGGGACCCCAGGGAUUCGAUUCAGAACGCGUCAGAAGCCAUGGGCUUGGCAGACGACUGGCUAAAUAUUCCAGAGUUAAUCAAACCGGAGGAAAUAGUUAAUCCCAACAUAGAUGAACAGUCUAUGAUGACUUAUUUGUCACAAUAUCCCAACGCGAAACUUAAACCUGGCGCGCCACUGAGACCUAGGACUAGUCCAAAUAAGGUUCGUGUAUACGGUCCAGGCGUUGAACCAACAGGACCUGUAGUUGGUGCUACUGUCAAUUUCACAGUCGAAACCUUCUCCGCUGGUAAAGGUCACGUAGAUGUGGUGGUAGAAAAUCCCAAAGGACAAAAAGAACCAGUUGACGUUCGUUUUAACAAUGACAGAAAUCUCACCUACACCGUCUCGUACACUCCUCAAAUGGAGGGUACCCAUAAAAUUUCCGUCACAUAUGCUGGAAGAGAGGUUCCCAAAAGUCCGUUUGCUGUUAAAGUAGAAGGCCAUGCUGGAGAUCCUUCUAAAGUAACUGCUUCUGGACCUGGUCUUCAACCAGAUGGUGUUUGUAUAAAGAAAGCUACAUAUUUUGAUAUUUCCACUAAAAAUGCUGGAAAAGGUGUUCCAGAAGUAAUCAUCCUUGAUCCUUCAGGAAACAAAAACUCGGUGCCAGUAAAGGUCCGUCAGACCAGCCCUGACGUAUGGCGAUGCGAGUAUCUCUCUACAGUCCUAGGACUACACUCUGUAAAUAUUUUUUUCGCUGGUCAACCCAUCCCCAACAGUCCAUUUGGAGUGAGGGUGUCGCCAGUAUCAGACCCAAGGAAAGUAAGAGCCAGUGGAAGAGGACUGCAACCCAACGGUGUGAGGGUGAAGGACGAAGCCGAUUUCAAAAUAUAUACCGAAGGCGCUGGCGAGGGGUAUCCAGAGGUACAAAUCAUCGGCCCCGGAGGAGUUCGCGAGAACUGUCGAAUGUCGAAAGUAGAGGGCCAUACGUACCACUGUAGUUACCAGCCUCUAAAAGAAGGUCGCUACAGAAUUAUGAUCACUUUUGCCGGGCAAGAGAUUCACAAAUCUCCCUUCGAGGUCAAUGUAGGGCCUUACAAAGAAACCCUCAUCAAGGCAUACGGUCCUGGAUUAGUUGGUGGAGUCAUAAACUACCCCGCCCUAUUCACAGUCGAAACCAACGGGGAAAGCGGUGCCUUAGGUUUUAGUAUCCAAGGUCCUUCUCAAGCCAAAAUCGAAUGCCAUGACAAUGGCGAUGGCUCAGCUGACGUGCGAUAUUACCCCACCGCUGCUGGCGAAUACGCUGUUCACAUCCUCUGCGACAACGAAGACGUCCCGGGAAGUCCCUACAUUGCUCAAAUUUUGCCCAACACAGACUAUUUUCCCGAAAAGGUGCAAGUAUACGGCCCUGGCGUGGAGCCCAACGGCCCACAGAAAAACGUGCCAACCAAAUUCACCGUAGAGACGAAGAACGCCGGCCAGGCUCCAUUGGACGUCAGAGUGACAGAUUCCAACUGUAACAAAGUCGACGUGAAACUAAUUGAAAAGUCCGAAGGCAUCAUCGAAGGAACCUACACUCCAAGAAGCGGAAGCAGACACACCGUGCAAGUAAACUACGGGGGAGUUGCGGUUAAGAACUCUCCCUUUAGGAUUUAUGUAGGUGAACCUGCCGAUACUUCAAAAGUUUCUUGUUUCGGACCUGGAAUUCAAGAUGGUGUCAAAGCAGGCACACCAACGCAUUUCAAUGUUGACGCCCGGGAGGCUGGGGAUGGUGACCUGGAUGUCCACUUAGUAAACGCCGACACGCAUCAAGAAGUGCCAUUAAAACUGACUGACAACGGCGAUAGGACAUAUACCGUUGACUAUGAGGCGCCGGAAUCCGGGAACUACACUGUCACUUUGCACUACGGCGGACUCAGGGUGCCAUCUACCCCCAUCAAGUUCAAAGUCGAACCUAAUGUUGACGUAUCCAAAAUAAAAGUGGACGGAUUAGAACCCAGUGUGUAUGUUGACUCGCCCACUGACUUCUUGGUUGACACUAGAGCCAUACCCAAGUCAACCAAUGACGGAAAAGUAACAUGUACCAUAACAAAUCCUUCGGGAGCUCAAACUGAAAAGCUAGUAACAGCUUUGCUUGACGGAACUUACAAAGUAAGCUACACGCCCUUCGAGGAAGGCCGACACACCAUCGACAUAUUCUAUGACAACGUGCCUGUGCCAGGUUCGCCUUUUAUAGUCAACGUUCGUAGAGGAUGCGACGCGAAAAAAUGUAUAGCUUACGGUCCAGGUUUAGAAAACGGUGUGCUCAACAAACCUAACGUUUUCACGGUGGAAACCAAAGGUGCCGGCACUGGAGGCUUAAGCUUGGCCAUCGAAGGGCCAUCAGAGGCCAAAAUGACCUGCAAGGACAACCGUGACGGCUCCUGUUCGGUCGAAUACGUGCCCACAGAACCGGGAGAAUACGACGUGGCGAUUAAAUUCGCGGACAACCACAUACCAGGCUCGCCUUUCAAGGUGUUGGUAGGAGCAGAGGUGGACGAGUCCCUCGUAAAGGCGUACGGGCCUGGCUUAGAACCCAACAAGUGCAGGGCAGGCAUUCCUGCAAAAUUCAAGAUUGAUGCGUCGAAAGCGGGCCCAGCACCAGUCGCUGUCAACAUUACUUCCGAUUCCGAGCCCAUUUCACGAAGACCCGAAGUCAAGGAUAACGGAGAUGGUACCUUUGACGUGACGUACAUUCCACCUGUAGAGGGCACGAAUUUGCAAGCCCAUAUUUUGUAUAACGGAAAAGCAGUACCAAACAGUCCGUUUCCCAUCAAAGUCAAGCCCACUGCGGAAGCUGACAAAGUGAAAAUUACUGGGCCCGGUAUCUCGGAAAAGGGAAUUCCUGCUUCCAUUCCGACAACGGUAAAAAUAGACACAAGCGAUGCCGGUUUUGGUGAUUUGGAGGUGAAAGUGACAGGACCAGAUGGCCAUCCUCGGCCAGUGAAAAUACACGAAAAUGGAGAUGGGACAGUAAACGCAACGUUCCUCCCUGAUGACUGCGGAAGGUACAAAUUGGACCUUAAAUAUGGUGGAAAAGAUGUUCCAAUAACACCUGUACAUAUUCAAGCUUGUGCCAUCGGAAAUGCAGAAAAAUGUACGAUUACAGAAGGGUUGGAGAAAACAUUAUCCACUGCAGAAAUUUAUUCUAUAACUUUAAAUACCGAAGAUGCAGGAAAUGGCGCUGUUACCUGUAGGAUUAAAUCAGUGAACGGAAGCGAUCUAGAUAUCAAUAUCGUUGACAACGGUGAUGGAACUGUAAGCAUAUUUUAUAAGGUAGAAGAUGCUGGUGAAUAUACAAUUAAUAUUAAAUUUGGUGGACAAACGGUUCCUGGUGGUUUUUACACUUUUAUGGCUGAAGAAUCGGUGAGCAAAACCGAGCAAAGCAGCGUCAGUCAAAGCAAAACAUCGGAGAAGAAAAAAUACAGGGCGGUCAAUUUAGAUAACAUUCCUUUGCCAAGCACAGGGGGGCACGUCACAGCCGAAGUAAAAAUGCCCAGCGGAAAACUAGACCGACCCAUAAUCGAGGACAACCAUGACGGGACAGUUUCGAUAAAGUACGACCCUAGGGAAGAAGGCGUUCACGAAUUAGCCGUCAAAUUCAAUGGAGAACACGUUCAAGGAUCACCCUACAAGUUCCAUGUGGACUCUAUUAGUUCUGGUUACGUCACGGCUUACGGCGCGGGCCUCACUCACGGGGUCACAGGAGAGCCUAGCAAUUUUACCAUCUCCACUAAAGGUGCAGGCGAUGGGGGUCUUUCCAUGGCCGUCGAAGGUCCCAGCAAGGCCGAAAUCAGCUGCCACGACAACAAAGAUGGCACUGUCUCCGUCUCUUACCUUCCAACAGCUCCAGGAGAAUACAAAAUAUCGGUUCGAUUCGGCGAAAAACAUAUCAAAGGAUCGCCCUUCUUUGCCAAAAUCACCGGAGAAGGCAGAAAGAGGAACCAGAUCUCUGUUGGGUCGUGCAGCGAGGUGUCACUGCCAGGGAAAAUAACAGACGCCGACAUUCGCUCGUUGAAUGCUUCAAUUCAAGCCCCCAGCGGCUUGGAGGAGCCUUGCUUCCUGAAAAAACUCGCCAGUGGAAAUAUUGGAAUCUCUUUCACUCCCAGAGAAGUGGGCGAACAUAUCGUUUCCGUUAAAAAGAUGGGAAAUCACAUUACGAACUCGCCUUUCAAAAUAAACGUCUGCGAACGUGAAGUUGGAGAUUCGAAGAAAGUGAAGGUGCACGGAAGUGCGCUGAAAGAUGGCAAAACCCACGUAGAUAACACUUUCACGGUCGACACACGAAAUGCAGGUUUCGGGGGACUGUCUCUUUCCAUCGAAGGGCCCAGCAAAGCUGAGAUUCAAUGCAACGACAAUACAGAUGGGACACUUAACAUUUCUUAUAAGCCCACUGAACCUGGCUAUUACAUCGUCAAUCUGAAAUUCGCUGAUCAUCACGUUGACGGAUCGCCAUUUACUGUUAAAGUAACUGGUGAAGGAUCAAACAGGCAACGCGAAAAGAUUCAAAGGCAAAGAGAUGCAGUUCCAGUUACAGAAGUUGGUAGCGAGUGCAAGCUUACUUUCAAGAUGCCCGGUAUCACAUCCUUUGAUUUGAGCGCUACUGUUUCAUCUCCGGGUGGUGUAACGGAAGAUGCUGAAAUUAACGAGGUCAAAGACGGAUUGUAUGCCGUUCAUUUUGUUCCAAAAGAACUGGGCGUCCAUACAGUCUCAGUAAGAUACAAGGACAUUCAUAUUCCUGGAUCGCCCUUCCAGUUCACUGUAGGUCCAUACCGUGAUCACGGAGCUCACUUGGUCAAGGCUGGAGGUGUUGGGUUAGAGAGGGGUGAACAGGGUGAACUGAACGAAUUCAAUGUUUGGACCAGGGAGGCAGGAAGUGGCCAAUUGGCCAUUUCAAUGGAAGGCCCUAGUAAGGCAGAGAUCAACUUUACCGACCGCAAGGACGGAUCUUGUGACGUUUCGUACAAAGUAUCCGAACCAGGUGAAUACCGGAUAGGAUUGAAAUUUAACGACGAGCAUGUGCCUGAUUCCCCGUUCAAAGUUUAUAUUUCUCCUGCUGUGGGGGAUGCUCAUUUAUUAGAAGUAGCCCAGUUUCCAGAAGGGUAUAUCCAGGCAGACAAACCAUCUCAGUUUAUUGUACGCAGAAAUGGCGCUAAAGGGGACCUGGAUGCAAAGAUUAUUGGCCCAUCUGGACACGAGGACGAUUGCUUCGUUCAGAUUAUCGACAUGGAGGAAUAUUCUGUCAGGUUCAUGCCCAGAGAGAAUGGCAUUCAUAAAAUCCACGCCAAAUUCAAUGGAGUACAUAUACCCGGAUCCCCGUUCAGCGUCAAAGUAGGGAAAGAUACAGCAGAUCCCGCCGCAGUGCAUGUCCAUGGAAAUGGAAUCAAUAAAGAAAUAAAGACAGGUGUCAAAACAGAUUUCAUCGUCGAUACUGUGAAUGCCGGUGCUGGAACGCUGGCAGUUAACAUCGACGGUCCCAGCAAAGUCUCCAUGGAUUGUACCGAAGUCGAGGAAGGCUACAAAGUUCGAUACACGCCUAUUGCCCCUGGGGAUUAUUACAUCAGUAUUAAAUACAACAACGUCCACAUAGUAGGCUCUCCUUUCAAAGUUACUAGUAAAGGAGAUGCCAAAGUAGCCGACAUCGGUGGCCAAGAAUCUUCUUCAGUUGUGGUUGAAACCAUAGCGAAAGUAGGCAAAGGCGCCAACCACAAAGGCGUCGUUCUUCCUCACUUCAGAAGUGACGCCUCUAAAGUUCAAUGUAAAGGAAUGGGAUUGAAGAAAGCUUACUUAGGCAAACAGAAUCAGUUUACAGUCUCUGCUCAAGACGCUGGCACAAACAUCUUGUUUGUGGGCGUGCACGGACCGAAAGGACCCUGCGAGGAAGUUUUUAUUAAACACAAAGGACACAAUCUUUACGACGUUAAUUACAUGAUUAGGGACAGAGGAGAAUAUUUAAUUAUUGUUAAAUGGGGAGACGAUCAUAUCCCUGGAUCGCCUUACAAAGUUGAUGUUUAAAUAUUUUAUUUUAGUGUAUUUCGUAUUUGUUAAUGUUACGUUAUAUUUGCCACACUAUAGCUUUAUUUAGAAUGGAAAUUUGUUAUUUUAUUGGAGGCUUAUUUUUUCUUUAUUUUGUAUAUAUCCUUUUUAUAGAGCAAUUUCAAUAGCGCUUUUAAUUUCUUCCAGUAAACUAAUAAAUUAUCUUUAGUUGUGAAGGACGUAAGGUGGAAAAAAUAGUUAAGAUUUAUUUUUGCCAUAUUUUAUUUUAAAAAGCUUUCCAAAAUACAAAAAUACAUAUUACGAUUGUCCUACGUUACUUUACAGUAUGUAACUUUUUUAAAUACAUUUUCUUAAAAA